CCCUCAUGAUAAUCUGAGUGGCAAAACCACUGAGUUCGCUUGAAACAACCUACAACAUCAUAUCUUCAAUCCCAUCACCCCAGCUCCAUUGCAAAAAUGGAAGAAACCGGUGUUGCGCAUAAAGUCAUAUCUGUUGUUCUCCGUCUUGCUGAGCUUGCCUCGGCUAUAAUCGUCCUGGGCAUUAUCUCGCGCUUCACCUACCUCGCUGGCAUCGCACAGGUGCAUAUCGAUGGACGCAUCAUCUAUACCAUCGUCGUUGCGUGUCUCGGUAUUCUUUAUUCCAUCUUUUUCUGUCCGCCAUUCAAGUCCCUGUUCUUGAGCUUUCCCUUUGACUUUGUAAUGUUUGUCAUGUGGCUCGUGGCAUACUGCUUGCUUCAGACGAGAACCGGUAGUCAUACUUGCUCUGCAAGUUGGUACUACAAUUAUUGGGGCUACUACUGGGGUCGCUUUUGGCGAGUCGGACCUGUUGGGACAGUGAAUAUUAACUCGGCGGGUUGCUCCUCGUGGAGGACAGUCCUUGCGUUCGCAUUCAUUUCGUGGUUUCUCCAUCUUCUGAGUGGAUUUCUUGGUAUUUAUGUUUUCCGUACUUAUAUCAGGCUCGACGAGACAAAGACCGAUAUCAAGCACCAUGCGGAAAAACUUACCAGAGGUGACCCCAAAAUCCAUGGUUAUCAGCGAAAUUCUGAAGCGACAGAUAAUGUCUAGACCACAAUGCCUCUGUCAGCGUUCUAGCCCGGGGAGGGCAGGUGGGGGGGUAACUUUUGGAGUAAGCAGCCACAAACGUCAAAAGCCGAAGUACAAACUUUCCUUGGUCCACGGAAUAUACCAUAACCCCACAGAUUGAAACAGGGAUGUAGCAUACAUGCACUUAAUAUACUGGAUUUAGUCUUACA